AUGGAUCAAUUAACAAAAUUUGAAUCAUUCCUGUUAAUAUUUCAAAUUGUCAACUUUGUAUGGAUUGUUUAUUAGUCAGUAGUUAUCAAGUACUCAUAGAUUAUGAUAAUUUUUUUAGGAAAUUGAAAUAACAAUAAACCACCAUAAACACAUCCCACCAUUAUCAGGCUUUAAGUAUUAAUAUAAAGAUAAUUAAUUUAGAUAUAAUAGAACAAGGAUAAGAUGAUGACUCAUAGUAUUAAUUUAAUAAAAUUGGAAAUGUUAGUUCUGAUGAUUAACAUUUGGAAAUUGUAGAAUAAGUAAAUUGAUUAUAUAAAUAAAGUUUAAUUCCAAAUUAAUUGGAAAUAAGUAAAACUUAAAUAAUUUGGUUGAUGAACAAGAAAAUCAAACCAACUAAAUUUUUAAUAAUUUUAAGGAACUAGAAUAAAAUUGCAAUCUCUCAAUUUAAAAUUUAGAAUCAGAGUAGAAGAAUAUUUAAAUAUAAUUCUCAGAUGUAUUUUAAUUUAUUAUUAUGAGCUUCAAACUUAAUUCCAGUAACUUAGAAUGUUUUUUGAAGGCAAAAAUACAGAAUAAAUAUAAAUAUAGUCCUAAACUUAAUCCAAGUUAGAAUAACUCGAUGAUUUCUCAUAACAUUUUUAAACUUAAAUAAGUCUUGUAAAAUAAGAGUAAACUAAAGAAAUUAUUAAUUUAAAUGAAAAAAUGACUGAUUUUACUUAAGCAAUUUAAAAAAAUAUUAAUGAACAUGCUGAUUAAAUUAUUGCUAUACAGGAAACAAUAUAAACAAUAUCAUAAUAAUAAUAAUAAUAAUUAUAGUAAUAGUAAACCUAAAAUAUUUAAGAAACUGAAAAAUAAUAAUAAUAAUAGUAACCAUAAUAAAUUGAAUCUAAUUAUGUUAGUAAUUCAACUAAUUCUGGAAAUAAUGGUUUUGCAAAAGCAGGACUAUCUAGACAAAAUCAGGAAAUAGGAUAAUUAAAGAAAUAAUCUACAUAAAAAAAGGUAUUAAAUAUUUAUAUUUAAUAUAGAUUACGAAACCUUGA